UAAAAUUCAGGAUGUGACAUUCAACCUCAAGCAAAAUUGAAAAUUCCAAAGAGAAGCGGCAAUAUCUUUACUAAUCAUAGUGAAGAUGGGAGAAAAUGACAUACCUGAAGCAGAAGUAGGCUGAAAAUACCUUCUUCCCUGCCAGAUCAGGAAUACCACCUGUUCUUGGGAAUAUACUUUAGAGAAAGGAAGGGCCAAAACCACGACUCAGCUUUCUGAAACUGAAGCAUAAGUUUCUUUUCCUCCGUUUGUCUGGAUCUAGGAACCUGUGUUUGGUGUUAGCUAGUGGAAGCAGUAUGUAUGGCCGAAGUGCAUUGCUGCAGCUGGUAGCAUGAGUGGUGGCCACCAGCUACAGCUGGCUGCCCUCUGGCCCUGGCUGCUGAUGGCUACCCUGCAGGCAGGCUUUGGACGCACAGGACUGGUCCUGGCAGCAGCAGUGGAGUCUGAAAGAUCAGCUGAGCAGAAAGCUAUUAUCAGAGUGAUCCCCUUGAAAAUGGACCCCACAGGAAAACUGAAUCUCACUUUGGAAGGUGUGUUUGCUGGUGUUGCUGACAUAACUCCAGCAGAAGGAAAAUUAAUGCAGUCCCACCCCCUGUACCUGUGCAACGCCAGCGACGACGACAAUCUGGAGCCUGGAUUCAUCAGCAUUGUCAAGCUGGAGAGUCCCCAGCGGGCCCCCCGCCCCUGCCUGUCACUGGCCAGCAAGGCCCGGAUGGCGGGGGAGCGGGGAGCCAGCGCCGUCCUCUUUGACAUCACGGAGGAUCGCGCUGCUGCUGAACAGCUGCAGCAGCCCCUGGGGCUGACGCGGCCAGUGGUGUUGAUCUGGGGUAAUGAUGCCGAGAAGCUGAUGGAGUUUGUGUACAAGAACCGAAAGGCCUACGUGAGGAUUGAGCUGAAGGAGCCCCCGACGUGGCCAGAUUAUGACGUGUGGAUCCUCCUGACGGUGGUGGGCACCAUCUUUGUGGUCAUCCUGGCCUCGGUGCUGCGCAUCCGGUGCCGCCCCCGUCACAGCAGACCGGAUCCCCUUCAGCAGCGAACAGCCUGGGCCAUCAGCCAGCUGGCCACCAGGAGGUACCAGCCCGGCUGCAGGAGGGCCCGGGCCGAGUGGCCAGAUUCAGGUAGCAGCUGCAGUUCAGCCCCUGUGUGCGCCAUCUGCCUGGAGGAGUUCUCGGAGGGCCAGGAGCUACGGGUCAUUUCCUGCCUCCAUGAGUUCCAUCGUACCUGUGUGGACCCCUGGCUGCAUCAGCAUCGCACUUGCCCCCUCUGCAUGUUCAACAUCGUAGAGGGAGACUCGCUUUCUCAGUCCCUGGGACCGUCUAGAUCUUACCAAGAACCAGGCCGAAGACUCCACCUCAUUCGCCAGCAUCCCGGCCAUGCCCACUACCACCUGCCUGCGGCCUACCUGUCGGGCCCUUCCCGGAGUGCAGCGGCUCGGCCCACACGGCCUGGUCCCUUCCUACCAUGCCAGGAGCCAGGCGUGGGCCCUCGGCACCACCGCCUCCCCAGAAGCACACAUCCCCGGGCUCCAGGCGCGCCACAGCGCCUGGCAGUGGCCCAGAGCCCCUCUGCGCAGGGCUGGGGGCUAAGCAACCUGCGGUGCACUUUGCAGCACCCUGCCACCUGCCCCAUGCCCCCACGCCGGGCCAGGCCUCACGACAGCAGCGGGUCUGGAGAAAGCUACUGCACAGAACACAGCGGCUACCUGGCAGACGGGCCAGCCAGUGACUCCAGUUCAGGGCCCUGUCACGGCUCUUCGAGUGACUCAGUGGUCAACUGCACGGACAUCAGCCUGCAGGGCAUCCACGGCAGCAGUUCUACCUUCCGCAGCUCCCUGAGCAGUGACUUUGACCCCCUGGUGUACUGCAGCCCUGAAGGGGAGCACCGGGGGGAGGAGGCUCAGCCUAGCAUGACCUCUCGGCCCCGUUCUUUGGACUCAGUGGUGCCCACAGGGGAAACCCAGGUUUCCAGCCAUGUCCACUACCACCGCCACCGGCACCACCACUACAAAAAGCGUUUCCAGUGGCACGGCAGGAAGUCUGGCCCAGAAACUGGAGUCCCGCAAUCCAGGCCUGCCAUUCCUCGGACACAACUCCAGCCAGAGCUGCCUUCACCCGAUCCGCAAGCAGCCAGAUCCAACCCAGCAGCCCCGUCAGGACAGCUCCCCAACCCACAACGGCCCAGGGCCCUCACCGAGCCAGCCCCUGGGCCAGCUGACGCCUCCAGCCCCAGCCCUGGUCCCAGCAGCCUCUUCCACUUGCAGAAAUCCAGCCUCUCUGUCCGACACACACAGAGGAAACGGCGGGGGAGUCCCUCAGAGCCCUCCCCAGCCUCUCGACCCCAGGACUUGACUGCACACCGAGUGUGCCAGAUUCUUCCCCAUUAUGGCCCCAGCCUGGCAUAUCCUUGGUCCCCAGAGGCCCACCCAUUGAUCUUUGGACCUCCGGGCCCAGACAGGAGGCUGCUACCAGAAACCCCAGGCCCUACUUACCCAAGUUCACAGCCGGUGUGGUUGUGUCUGACUACACGCCAGCCCCUAGGACCACACCCAUCUGGGGAGGGGCCUUCCGAAUGGAGUUCUGGCACCCCAGAGGGUAGGCCAUGCCCUUACCCACACUGCCAGGUGCUGCCAGCCCAGCCUGGCUCAGAAGACGAGCUCGAGGAGCUGUGUGAACAGGCCGUGUGAGGUGUUCAGGCCAAGCUCCAACCAAGAGUGCUCGCCAGAUGACUCAGGGCCCUACCUGGCACAGAGUCCUGCUCCUGAGAAA